UUGAGUGGAAUGAAAAACGUCGUGUUCUCUGUGAUGCCUCAAGGGUGUUGUUGGACAUGCUCUCGCGACAUUAGCCAUGACGUCCCUUCUCGCAUCUGUGUUUAUGCUCCUCCUCGUAGGUAUCUCAGCAGUGGAAUCUCAAGGUAAAGAAAUUGAUGAACUUCUCGUAGACAAUGAAGCUGACAGCUACGUACCUGUCACAGGCAAGCAGAAAAAAAUUCGAGGCCUAACUUCUACGUGCUGCAUGAUGACAACAGGUUCAUGUCGUUCUACAUGCGAAGAGAUUUCUCUAACAGAUAUGGCAACAAGUAAUGAUGAGAGAUGGCAUUAUAUUGCUAAACUAAAUUCCUUUUGUUCUCACCAACUCGUUAGAUUUUGGAUUUGUAUGAAUGAAACUCUUGCAGAAAUUGAUAAAGCGCAAGGAUUUUUUGGAAGACCUUGUUGCACUCUUCCACAGUCAGAAGCCUGCAUAAUGCUAUGUCUUAAGGCAAAUGAGAGAGAAGAUCUGGGUUCUGCGUGCCGUCCAAGUGAUGAAAUCACGUUCUUCGCGUGCCUUGACAGACAAGAAGUGGGUCAACAAUGUUGCAGUAGAGCAAUGAAGCCAGAGUGCUCUAAUGCAUGCAAAGAACUAUUUGCUAGUACAACAGAACCAUCCGUACAACUGCGUACUUACGUAACCAACAUGUGUUCUCAUGACAGUCCAGCAGUUUCGAAGUGUGUUCAAAACUACACUCUUAUCACACCGGCUGAAAAUCCAGCAAGGAAUCUUCAUUGCUGUGAUAAAGCUACCAGUGAAGAAUGCAAAUUUGCAUGCCGGAAAAUUUUGACGACGCAAAACAUAGGACAAGAAAUUGUGGAUAAUUUGAUCGCCGGGGGAUGCGGUUUACCUAUGCCUCACGACAAAUUAUGGCAAUGUUUCUUGACUAAUGCUGAUUCUGCUAAGCCUGAACCUAAGUCGGUUUCUCAUCUCGAUAAUAUGGGAAUGGACAGUGCUAAACUCCAGUGCUGUUUCCGUGCUGCAACUUUGACUUGCCAGAGACUGUGCAUAAAGACAUAUAGUAAUGAAUGGGAAUUAACCUGGGGAGAAUUUGAUCGGCAAUGCCAGUACCAACUAGGAGAAUCUGCCAUGUUAAGAUGUCUAGCCGAAGUCGAGGAACCUUGCGAAUUGGGAUGUGAGGGUCUCAGUUACUGCACUAACUUCAAUCAUCGACCGACCGAACUCUUUCGCAAUUGCGACAGCCGCACAGACCAAGCUGCGAAACACGAUGUGGACCUAUGGCAUCAGGGAAUCAUACGGAUGCCUACUAUAGACAUUCCAGUCUUGGAUAUUGCCAAUUGUUUCCCAGAUACAUGGAAGACUAUAGCUUGUGCUCUACAGAUCAAACCCUGUCAAUCGAAAGCUCAUGUUAAUAUGAUUUGCAGGACCGAUUGUAUUAAAAUACUAAGUAACUGCGUAGAUAGAAGCAGAUUAUUAGACACACAGAGUCCAUCUAGCCUGUGUGAUGUUCUUUCUCCUCCAGGAAUUAAUUCUCCCUGCAUAUCUCUGGAACCUUUCUUGGAGGAAAGCAAGUACAAGCAUACUGCCACUGAUGUUACUCACCCAUGUAAAGCGAAGACAUGUGGAGCGAAUGAAGUGUGUCUUGUAAAUCGCAGCUGUAAUUUUGGAGAAGUCUGUGCUCCUUUCGUCUGUGUACCAGGUUGUAGAAUGGGUGCCGUGUCACAGUUGGUUGUACCGGGAGGAACUUAUACACAAAUACCGAGAUUAUACAGAGGAAAGCAUUGCAAUUCUGUUUGCUAUUGUAACAAGCAAGGAAUGAUUGAAAACUGUAUUGCUAUGCCUUGUAUUAACAAAGGACAUUGCUCAGUUCUUGGGAAGGAGAUACCUCAUCAAGGUCAAUAUUUUGGAAAUUGCACGGUGUGCUACUGUUUUGCAGGAGAGCUGAGAUGUGCAAGAGUUUGCAAGCUAGAUUCCUUAACAAAUGCAAAUAUGGAACUUAUAUCAGGUCCACUGUGUACGUGUUCUUUGCAUUAUUCUCCAGUCUGUGGACUAAAUGGAAAGACAUACAGAAAUCCAUGUGCUGCGAGAUGUGCUGGUUUAAGGAAUAACCAAUUCAGAUCUGGAUCUUGCUCUGAUUUUGAUCCAUGCAAAGAGAACACCUGUGGGAGCAGGAAAAAGUGUGUUCCAAGAAAACAAGUUUGCCUGAGCUUCAAGAGAAAAUGUUCACAGUACAUCUGCGCAAACAAAGAUAACUGUGAAGAUAAGCCGUAUUCUCCUGUUUGUGAUACAGAUAAUGAUGAACAUCCAAACAUCUGUUUAUUGCUUGAGAAGAAGAGAAAGCUUGCUUAUUUUGGAAAAUGUCUGGCAAAAUGUCAGCGAAAAGGUAAAGUUUGCGGACACGACGGCCAUGAAUACUCCAGUGAGUGCGCUGCAUGGGCUGAAAAGAUAUCCAUCGACUACAGAGGACCCUGUGUCCGACGUCGUCCUGUACAUGAGGAUAAAGAUGGCUGUUCCAGAGUUAUGUGCCAACCUUUGCCAUCAGAGCAAUGCAGUAAAAUAUUUCCUCCUAAUGCCUGCUGCCCUAUCUGCGGAGCUGCUAUCAAGCUAGUAUACAGUCAGCGACUUCUGGAUGAAGUGGUGGAUGCUAUACGCUCAAUAGAUGCAGCAACUAUGCUCAAAGUAGCCAAGAAACUUCAAGAGCAUGUGAAAACUGCAGAAUGCGAUGUCAGUGCUUACAUGGACGAAGACUCGACGAUCAUUGCUAUCAUCUCUCCAAACGUUCCACGACCUUCUCCUCUUUUAAUUGAAGCAUGUGCUCAGGAAGCCACAAAACUACAUUCUUUAGUGGAGCAAAGGAGUCCAACUCUAGUCACUGAAUUUCCGCUCUGACCAGCAGCUUUCUAAUAGAACCAGUGUCUAAGGGAAAAAGUUCUGGUCCUUUCAUGUUCCUGCAUGUUUUACUUCAAAUUGCAAGCGCCGUGUUAGUUCUGAAUGCUUUGUUAGGUUACAAUAUCACGUGAAACUUCAAAAUGGUUGAGAAAGUUUUCAAAUUUAAUGCUGUUAACAAACCAAGACUGCAGGGGAAAAAAUUGUAAAUAGAUAUGAGUUGUUCAUUUUUAUUUUGAAAAAUUACAGAACUGAUACUCUCAUAUCGAUGAAUCAUAUCGUCCAAUCAAAUCAUCUACAUGUGACUGUCAGCAUAGAAAGUUUCAAAAACAGUUUGCAAGUUAAGCUUCAACAAGAAAAAGAAGCAGUUGUACAUACUCAGUUUUACAUCAAUAACUCUUUGAAAGCAAAAUGUGCGAGUUCAGUUUCUUCAAAUGGUGAUCAAGACUUGGAUUUUGGUAUAACUUUGUUUCUAAAUAAUAAACAAAAAACUAUCAUGGCAAAUCGUAAAGGAAAAUUUAAAAAGCGUCAGUUCUCGAACUUACUGCACGCACUAUUUGAUGUUCUCAUAUAGCUUGAGAGUAAAAUUUAUUUCUAGAGCUG